UAAGGAAUUUCCUUCAACGAGGAUGAAGUGCGACGUGUCAAAAGCUCAACCCACCUAAAAAACAGAAAGCUUUCCCGCUUCAGCGAUACACUCUGUGUAAUCCAUCCUCUCAAAGUGAGCGACUCUCAGAGAGACUGAUAGAUAGAUAUUUUAGUCAACUGAAGAAGAAGGUUAAGAAGAAGAGAUUUGAAGAAAUUAUACUGGAUUUAGAAAUGAUUUGAGUAAAUAAAUUUGUGUGUAAAAUUAUUAGGUUGGAAGAGUAAUGGCUGCUACUACUACUAAUGGAGUGAUUUCGAACAGACAUUUUGGUUCAGGAAAAUCCUUUCAAAAAGAGCAGGCUAUGAUACAUAAAGUAGAGAAUUUGGCCGUUUCGGGUUCAACUUCUCCAUGGGGAAACAUUGUUCACAAAAAGAUACAUGUUAUAAGUCGAUACUACUCAUCUAUGCCUAGAUACUCGUACAGCUCAGCUGUUCAUCUUGUUUGUUCCUCAGAUAAGAGCAGUACUAAUCAGAGGACCUCAUUCCUUGGUGAAACGGAGAAGCCUUUCUCAAACUCUCUGCAAAUCAGUGAAAAGAAGGUAGAUCUGAAAACAAGAACUCAGGGAAGAUACGGAUGCUUUCUUUCAUUUAAUUCUUUCAAUAAUAGUUGGGGCCAGCAGACAAAUCUAGAUAAGCAUGGUUUGCCAAAUGCACGAGGUCAGCAGUCUGAGUAUAGGAAGGGAACCAGGACCCGUGCUAGCUAUCCAAAUGACAUAAAGGGACCAAACUUUGAUCCACUGAGUGCUUCAGAAGCUUCAAAUGAAAUCGCUAUAGUAGGAGAGAGUACACAGGUUUCAUCAUCUCCUUGGUGGCAGUUGCCAAAGCGCUGGGUGAUUGUACUGCUUUGUUUUACAGCGUUUCUUCUCUGCAACAUGGACAGGGUGAACAUGAGCAUUGCCAUACUACCAAUGGCAGCGGAGUUCAACUGGAAUCCUGCUACUGUUGGUCUCAUCCAGUCAUCCUUUUUCUGGGGAUAUUUACUCACUCAGAUUAUUGGAGGCAUAUGGGCGGAUAAAAUUGGUGGCAAACGUGUUCUUGGUUUUGGGGUGGUUUGGUGGUCUCUUGCAACAGUUCUAACACCUAUAGCUGCAAGGCUUGGAUUACCUUUCCUACUUAUGAUGCGUGCUUUUAUGGGGAUUGGUGAGGGUGUUGCUAUGCCUGCUAUGAAUAACAUUCUUUCGAAGUGGAUUCCAGUAAAUGAGAGAAGCAGAUCUCUUGCACUGGUAUAUAGUGGCAUGUACCUUGGAUCAGUGACAGGCUUGGGAUUUUCCCCGAUGUUGAUCCAGAAAUUUGGAUGGCCUUCUGUGUUUUACACUUUUGGUUCACUUGGAAGUAUCUGGUUUGUGUUGUGGCUGAAAAAAGCAUACAGCACACCGAAAGAAGAUCCAGACCUUUCAGCAGAAGAAAUGAAGCUUAUCAUGGGAGGAAGUGUAUCAAAGGAACCUGUCAAAGAGAUACCCUGGAAAUUGAUUUUAUCGAAGGGACCUGUUUGGGCUUUAAUUAUCUCCCACUUUUGCCAUAAUUGGGGAACUUUUAUUCUUCUCACAUGGAUGCCUACGUACUACAAUCAGGUGUUGAAGUUCAAUCUUGCUGAAUCUGGACUGUUCUGUGUUUUACCAUGGUUAACCAUGGCGGUGUUUGCAAAUAUAGGAGGGUGGAUUGCGGACACACUUGUGAGCAGAGGUGUUUCCAUAACUAAUGUCCGUAAGAUCAUGCAAUCCAUUGGGUUUCUAGGCCCAGCCUUCUUUCUCUCACAGCUGAGCAAAGUCCGUACUCCAGCCAUGGCAGUUUUAUGCAUGGCGUGCAGUCAGGGGGCUGAUGCCUUCUCACAGUCUGGCCUCUAUUCAAAUCACCAAGAUAUUGGGCCACGUUACUCUGGGGUACUGUUAGGCUUAUCAAAUACUGCUGGAGUCCUUGCUGGAGUCUUUGGCACUGCUGCGACAGGAUACAUUCUCCAAAAAGGUUCAUGGGAUGAUGUCUUUAAGGUGGCCGUCGUAUUGUACCUCGUGGGCACACUAGUAUGGAACUUGUUUGCUACUGGUGAAAAGAUUCUUGACUAGAAGAUAAAGUAAAAGCUGGUGAAGCUAAGAUGCAAACCUGUAGAAAAUGAGAAAGAAAAAAAUGACUGAGUAAACCGCAGUAGAAUCUAAAAGCUCAUGGAAGGGAAAUCUUGGUCAGAUCAAAAGAGAAUCAAAGUUACAUAGCCUAUGGUAAAAAUGAAAAAAACAAAUGUCUCUUUUGUUGAUAUGCAUGAAGCUCAAGGUUUCAGCUUCUGGGUGGGGUGCAAGCCUUGUUUAGAGGUUACAACUUAAUUUUGAUUAUCAUGCAUUUCUAGUUUUUAGUGACUGUUUUGUUGAUUGUACCCCAUGAAACCUAUUUACUGUGGUAAUGCUUUAGGAAUCUUUCCAUAUUAUAGUUUUCUUGUCACACCUUUGCUUGCUUGCCUCUAAAAGAUAAAUCUCUGUACAGCCCUGGUAGGCUCCUGAGAGAAAACGAUGUCAAUGCAUUUCCCAAAUGCUGUGGCAGCGAAAGUGCCAUGAAUGUAGUUUCCGCAAUUUCAUUUA